AUGGAACGCGUAGCAACCUGCGACAUAAACGAACAUUGGACUGCUACCAUGAGAGCUAUGAAGAGAUGUAACAGCAACAUAAAAAACUACUAUAAUGAACACGAAGACCAGCCCUUAAGAUACCGGUAUUGCAAAGGAAUGAAGGUAAGCUGCAAAGCAAGACAAUCUCCCGCGCUGAAUAAUGCAGAAAAAAAUCAAGGAAAUCGCACGUCGUCCUCGAGAUUCAUAACUAAACUGAUCGUCACCUUGAAGGAUACUUUCCCACACAUUUAGAAACACGUUCAGCAUCCUGAUCUUUUACCUCUUACAAAAUCUCUAAGCCUCCAGCAACAUUUGCAGUGUGCAGUGUAAAACGCAUGCAGAUUGGAAUGGGUAGGACAAAUCAUUGAUAGUGAUGUUACAUAAUAAAAAAGUCAAAUUGCGCAUUCUCCGAACCUGAAAUCCAAAAAAUCGACAAGUUUCAUCGCAAAUGUGUUCUGUAACGCCACUGACCCUUUUAAAUAGUGUGCUGGCGAGUAUUAGCGAGCCAGAAAUUAUCGUGCAAAACUUUGUAGGGGCAAUAUCGUGUUCCAAGCUCCAAGAGAGGAGAGGAAAGAAAAAAAGAUGGGACGAGCAUGGUCUCUCCCCCAAGUCCUGUCCUGUUUACUGAGGGUCUGAAACAGACUGUAAAGACAACGGAAAUCAGCGUUUUUUUUUUCAACAUUGUAAACUAGGACCUAUAUUUGGACAACGGUUUUAGGGUUUUCAGUUUGUCUCAUUAUCACUUAUAUUAGCACUGAGCGACUGAACGUAAAAGCACUGGCGCUGAAUGUUGAAACCUAACUAACACCAUCCUCCCUUUCUAUACCUUCGCACUGUUGCUCCUUGAAGUAGGUAACAGCUAACUAACUAGUCUAUUACGUUUCGUUAACUCAUCAGCAGCCGAGUUAAGUCUCUUUCAAAUAUAUUCACUUAUGAAGGUUUUGAUGAAAUGCGCCGAAGAUGUCACCGCGAAGUUUGAGGAUACAUUCAACUGUACCAGUGAAGUGCUUCAAAAGUGGGUCUUUGUCUCGUUACAGUAUAUCCUGAUAAGUAAAAAGGAGCAUAUCUGUAAUUAUAACACCACUUUGUUGAGACGACUGGUGGCCAGGUUAGGUAAGUUUAUGUCGUGACGAUAUUGUACUUUGUACGACCUUCUUGAAGACUCGCAUUAGCCACUUUUUGAGGUCAGCGGUGUUGUGUAUUGCACUAUGGUGGACGAUCUAGCUAUUCAAAGGAAGGUAGAAAAAAAAUGUGAAGGGGCACACGCGCCAAAGGCCCAAACGGCCGGAGCUUAUCGCUGUUUCCUUAGCAUGAUGUAUGCCUAGAAGCAUUGCUACUCCUCCUUGGACGGGAUGCUAGUCCAUCGCAGGGUUACUCCCAGCAGUAUUUCCCCGGUACCGAUUUAUACACUUGGGUGAAGAGAGAGAAAGUGGAAAAAACUUCUUAGUCGAAGGAAGGAGGGUCAAACUUCCCUCUCAAAGCAAUGCCAUAAUGCAACACCUACCCACCUUUUUCCAGGUCCUAUCGCACGACGUUUAACACUAUGUUUACGAUGACGUCAUUUGACUACAUCAAUCAGAAUUCGUUCCGUUUUCACUUUCCUAUUGAAACAGGCCAUUUCUGAGUUACCUCAAGCCUCCUUUUCAAAGCGAGGCUUAGUGCGAAGACGCUGAUAUGAAAAUGAUUUUUUAUUCUCAUGCAAAUAAAACUCAUUUUCACAAGAAAGGUUUAGCACCUGACCUCUUUUUGAAAGUGGGAGUUUUAGGAACUCGGAAAUGGCCUAUUUAGUAUUUCCGUGCGCCGGUUUCAGAAUACAAUGAACCUUAUUUUGGAUGAGAAAAGAAACCACCCAAGGAUUAUGGUUGCUGUAGCAAAAUGACGUCAUUGCGCAAUUGUCUUCUAGGUAGAUCUUCUGAUUGGUUGAAGCAAAUUUUUCAGUACAACAAUGAAGUCUGCAAAACUGUUUGGCUAACAACUUUUCAAAACCCCAUUUGAAAUCCGUUUCAAUCUUGUUGAAGUAUCCGCUCCGCCUUUUGUAUUUGCUGUGUUAUUUAUACCUUCUUUUCAUGUUUGGAGCAGUUUCUUUUAUAAUUCGCCCGGUUUAAUGGCGAUUCUCGCGGUUUGAAUUUUGAUAACUUUCGUGACACAGCUUUUUUAAUUUCUUGGCAGGUUUUGAUAAUGACGACAGAUAUAAGAACUUGAGCAUUGCCAGGGUUGUCAUACCAGGUAAAUUAAAAAGUUGUGGAUGGUUAUUGCCUUUCAGCAGAGGUCUCUUACGGCAAGAGAAAAAUGACAGGAAAGAGAGAGACCUCUGCCGGUCUCCGACGUGUUCUUUCAUGUAGCCACUGACUACAUUUGUGGUCGAAACUUGCUGGUUUUCAAAAACCGGUUCAAUCUCCUUCCCAGAGUCUAGGAACGAGAUUGAAACGGCCCCUUUCCCCCGUUUUUAACCCCGUUUCAUUUAAUGUGGAAUGUGCGCACCCUUUAGAGACCGCACGCUGGAAAUUUGUGAGCCCAUAGUUGCUAUCGUGCAGACCGGUUCUAUAAGUUGUGUCGCAAGUGACUAAAACGUUACUGGUUGGUAAGGAAACACCAGUGCACGCGUGAUAGAAAAUGCAUCGGAGGCCGGCAGAAGUCUCUCUCUCUUUCCUUUCUUUCCGUGAGAGACCUCUGCUAGCAGGGAAGAAUGGUUAUCUCGAAAAAAGGAAUUCGAAGAUGGCGUUCCUUCCCCAAAGCACGUGACGAAGCCCUAAGAGAGCCUGCGUGGGAGGUUAAUUUCGAAGAGGUUCAUUAAAGGAAAAUUCUUUUCUUUUGAGAUAUUCCAUUAAGCCUUAUUCAAAAAUUGUUAACCCUUUAAACAAAAAACUGGAAAAUAUGCUUUUUCAGUCAGAGACACAGGCGGCUCAGAAGAAAAAAACUCUGUGUGCUCACAACAGGAGUCGAACCUAUGAUCUUCUUGUACAGUUAUAACGAUAGAAUUUGAUCACGUGAUUUGAAAAAUACCCGCCACUGAGUAUAUCCAAAUAAGCUAAACAGACUAAAAACAGUAGAAAAAUUGCAUCGGCUCCAAUCACAGUCCGGCCAUAUUUUCUGAAACUUCCCAAAAGGACAGGUGUACUCAAGACCCCACGGGAUUGGUUGUGAAAACAAAGAUAACAAUGGAACUUAGCACCAAACCAAAAGAGCUGUGACAUAUAGGGGUCCAAUGAAAUUAGAGGCUUUUAAAAGGUGCGAGGCUAAUGUGACCCUAAGCGUUUUUAUUAACAGCAGGCUUGGACAAAGACACCACUUUGUGCCGCCGUUGCCUUGUUUCAUGAGCUUACUAUGACCCACCCAGGUGAAAAUAGAGGUAGGGGUAGACCCCGUUCCGACUUUUUUCAAACAGUGGUGUGGUCCCUUCGAAUUAACUAUAGUGAGUUUAAGCUUCACGUAUGCUGCAAACGGCAAACAUCAGAUUCAAGAUGAAAAAAUAGAAAAUGAGCACAUAAAAACAGCUCGGAAUAAUUCUUAUGGAUGAAAAAUUGCGUGAAUCACUGAUUUAUGUGUAGAAAUGAUUAACAGCAAACGACAAGUAAAGGCGAAACUUGGUCACGUGGUACAAAUUCGCUCUACCGUUUGGCGUAGACGCGAUGAUUAACCUCUCUUAUAACAAAACGAAUUAUUCGAAGAUGACAGAGACGAAGCCAACCACGUCACGUUACCGUCGAAAGACGCUAUCAUCUGAACCAAGACCGAACAUCAUAAACACAGUACAGCUGGCAUGAUCUUACCAGUAGUCCGGCCAAUCUCGUUCCAAGAGGCUGCCAUCCUUUUGGUAAGCACCAAAGAUCACUACCUUCGACCACUGGAUAAGGAUAACACAGGUUCUGAGGACGUGAUUGUAGUUCGGCUCGGGUUUGAAUUGGCUAUUGCACAUGCGUAUCUCGAUUGGGUGGCUACUGUUUGCAGUAGACGCGUGAACCAGCCUGACCAAUCAUCAUGACCAGUAACCAUUAUUAUUUUACAUUGUCAUGCGCAUGAUCUUACCAUUAUUCCGGGGGGUGGUAGGGGUAGGUAGUUCGGCUGGGGUUUGAAUUGGCUACUGCACAUGCGUAUCUCGAUUGGGUGGCUACUGUUUGCAGUAAACGUAUGAACCAGCCUGACCAAUCAUCAUGACCAGUAACCAUUAUUAUCUUUCAUUGUAGGUAACCUUUUGUCAUGCGCUAAGGCUAUUCACCAGAAAUGUGCUCUGAAACUGGUUUCGACUUCGGAGAACCUUUGCAAAGGUGUUCAAGACUUUGUUGAAUGCUACCACAAUGCCGUAGUGUCUUUUCCGCCGCCUGAUAUCGUUACCUGCAACUUCCCACCUGGGCUAGCUGUUCCAGAAAUAAGCAGGAAAUUCGAAGCCUUGAUUCACAAUUUCAGCAAUGAGCUCAUUAAUGGCUACGAAAUGAACGCCGGGGAAAUGUGCAACGUGGAUGAAAGUGAAAUUGAACACAGUUAUGAGUAUUAA